AGACGCCCUCCUUUUUACGCCAACGAUUCUGCAAGUACGUUGGUCGGUUCCGCCCUCGACCGUAAGAUCAACGAUGUCGAGUCCAUCAAAGAACGUGUCAACACCAGCCCCAGGCUAGAGGAAGUUAGAAAACUGAUGCUAAAAGCUGAUCUUGAUUACUAUGUUGUGCCUAGUGAGGACGCCCAUCAAUCUGAGUAUGUAGCUGCUAGUGAUAAACGUAGGGAAUGGAUUUCUGGGUUUACAGGCAGUGCCGGGCAAGCAAUCAUAUCAAAGACUCAGGCCUAUCUGGUCACCGAUUCACGAUACUGGCUACAAGCUCGGGAAGAACUCGACUCCAACUGGCAUUUGAUCCCUGCGGGAGCCCCUGAUGGUCCCAAGGACUGGGUUGAAUGGCUCGUUGACCGCGUAAAAGACUCGAAGAUCGGAAUAGAUGCCCGCAUGAUAUCGCAUGAGACAGCAACGCGGCUGAGCUCGCAGCUUAAUCGCAAGAAUUCGAAACUGGCUUAUCCACCUCAGAAUUUUAUGGAUCUCGUCUGGAAAGAUAAGCCCCUACGAUCCAAGGACCCUGUAUUCAUUCAAUCUCUUGAAUUCACCGGCUGUGAAGCUGCUGCAAAGGUGACUGCCCUACGUGAUUGGAUCCAGACCCAGCCUGCCGCUGUGCCAUCUUAUUCCAAGAACCCGCCUACCGCUGCGCAAAUGCAUGUUGGUACACUGAUAAGCUCCUUGUCUUCUAUUGCCUACUUGCUCAACCUUCGUGGCUCCGAUAUACCUUUCAAUCCUCUUUUUUGCUCGUACCUCUUUGUUUCUAUGAAGAAAGUAGUGCUCUUCCUCGAUUCUUCUAAAGUCACGGAUGAAACUGAAGACUAUCUCAAUGCUCUUGGGGUCGAGAGGAAAGAAUACAACGAUUUAUGGACAUUCCUCCGUCGCAGAGAAUGGGGCGAAGGCAAACUACUCAUCUCCCCAGAAACAUCUUACGCAAUCUCGUUGAUGCUCACGCACUUUCGAUACACUGUUGCUCCAUCUAUGGUUGAUGGCAUGAAAGCAGUCAAGAACGAAAUCGAACUCGAGGGCAUGAGGCGAGCUUAUAUACGUGAUGGUGCUGCCUACGUUCGAUGGCUCGCCUGGUUGGAGCACAAAAUCCAGCAAGGAUAUGACAUUACCGAAUAUGAGGCUGCUUGGCGCCUGACUGAAUACAGGAGACAGAACAAGCACUAUUGGGGACUUGCCUAUGAGAAUAUAUCUGCUAGUGGGCCUAACGCGGCUCUACCCCAUUACUCACCCUCGAAGUCAACUGCUCGGAUGAUCGAUCGUGACACCCCAUAUUUAAACGAUUCUGGUGGUCAAUACCGCGAUGGGACAUGCGACACUACACGCACAGUUCAUUUUGGACGACCAUCACAAGACCAGUGCGAAGCAUACACACGAGUUUUACAGGGGCAUAUUGCUAUAGAUAGUGCAACUUUCCCCGAAGGAACCACUGGGGCUCAGCUAGAUGUAUUGGCUCGUCGUGCACUAUGGAAGGAUGGAUUGAAUUACCUCCAUGGGACAGGACAUGGUUUCGGCUCGUUCUUGAACGUCCAUGAGGGUCCUCACGGGUUCUCUAGCAGCGUGCCUCUUGUCCCAGGCCACGUUAUUACUAAUGAACCCGGCUUUUACCUUGAAGGGAAGUGGGGAAUGCGCAUUGAAUCCGCUCUCGCCGUUAGGCGUGUCAAGACCAAAGGAGAAUUCAACGGUGACAUCUGGCUAGGCUUUGAACGUUUGACGUGUGUUCCCAUUCAGACAAGAAUGGUGAAAGACAACAUGCUCACCAAGGAGGAGAAACAGUGGCUUAAAGAUCAUAAUCAGAAAUGCCGUGACAGAUUAGAACCAUAUCUGAAGGACGACAAGCGCGCUUGGAACUGGCUGAAACGAGAGGCCAGUCGUGGUAUCGGUAUCGUCGGUCCAGGACCUGGCGGCAUUUCUAUUGACUGGGAUUAGUCCUUCGCCAGUUCAGCUUACUUGGGAAUAUUUUUGCGAAACCCCCCACCUAUCACACCAGAUAUAUUACGAUUCACGGCUAACCAAGGAACUGUCGUAGGGCGUUCCUUAUCCAUGAUACCAUAUGACGAGAGACGAUUUUGACGUUAUUAUUGACUUCUCUGCACGAUUGUGCACCUUUUUUGUACUUACUUUUCGUGGUCAGCAACAUAUAUAUGCUCUGUCUUGAUGGCUGGGAUGUAUAUGUACUGUAUAGUGGAAUAUAGAUGUGAUAUACACCAGAA